AUGAUGGCCGCGGCCGCCGACCUGGAGUCCUCGCUGGAGCUGAGCCUGACGGGCAGCGGCGCGCUCCCCGGUGUGCUGCCCCCAGCGCGCUCCCGCAUCUUCAAGAUCAUCGUCAUCGGGGACUCGAACGUGGGCAAGACAUGUCUCACCUACCGCUUCUGCGCCGGCCGCUUCCCGCAGCGCACCGAGGCCACCAUCGGCGUGGACUUCCGCGAGCGGGCCGUCACCAUCGACGGCGAGCGCAUCAAGAUCCAGCUGUGGGACACGGCCGGGCAGGAGCGCUUCCGGAAGAGCAUGGUGCAGCACUACUACAGGAACGUCCACGCCGUGGUCUUUGUGUAUGACAUGACAAACAUUGCCAGCUUUCACAGCCUGCCAGCCUGGAUAGAGGAGUGCAAACAGCACCUUCUUGCCAGCGAUAUCCCACGGAUUCUUGUCGGGAAUAAAUGCGACCUGAGAAGCGCUAUUCAGGUGCCUACGGACUUGGCCCAGAAGUUCGCUGACACUCACAGUAUGCCCUUGUUUGAAACCUCUGCCAAAAACCCCAAUGACAAUGACCACGUGGAGGCCAUCUUUAUGACACUGGCUCACAAGCUUAAAAGUCACAAGCCAUUAAUGCUUAGCCAACCCCCAGAUCGUGAUGAAAUACAUAUAAAGCCUGAACCAAAACCUACCAUGACCUGCUGGUGUUAA